AUGGGGGAUAGGUUCGUUUCUACCAAAGAAUUAGAGGAAAUACGGAAGCGUAGACAAGAAGAAUGGGAAAAAGUUAGAAAACCUGAGGACCCUAUCGAAGCACCGGAAGAACAGAUUGACCACCGUUCUUUAUAUGAGAGGCUGAAGGAAGUGCGAGACAAAAAGCAGGCAGAGUGGGAAGAAGAACACAAAUUUAAAAACAUGAUUCGAGGUUUAGACACUGAAGAAAGCGACUUUCUUUCUAAGGUUGACAGUUUGCGCGCAGAGCAGGAUCGAAAAAAAAAGGAGGAAGAAAUGGCAAUAUUAAGCGAGUUUAAUAAAGCACGUUCAAAAGAAAUGGACGAGAGUGCAGUUUCUGCAGUCCCGCAACUUAAACCUCCAGCAGUUAACAGUAAAGGUAGCAAGGAAAGUAAGCAAGCUGCUUUAAUUAAAGGGGCGAUAAAGCGAAAGAGUUCUGGGGAUGUUCCUGAUAGCGAUAACAAAAAAAUUGCAGUCGUAAAUCCAAAGCCGAAUGGGGCUAAACCUAUAGCUGUUUCAGCUAUUAAGAUCAUUGGGCAUUUGCCCGGGAUAGUGCAUUAUUCUUCGUCAAGUGAUUCUGAUUCGACUUCCGAUAGUAAUUCUGAUAGCACAGAUGAUAUGCCAGUUUUACCAGUCCUCAUCCAAAGUACACCAGAAAAGAAUGAGAAAUCGAAGCCGUCUUCCACAGAUGACACUGAAGAAGAAUAA